AUGGGGGCCAACCUCUCAACGCCGGAGAAAAUUGCAAAGCUAUGCCGCAGCGGUGAUAGCGCAAACCUCCAGCUGCUGCUGACCGACCUGCAGCGCAACGAUUCCCAGUUCCGAGCCAACCGCGCUCGCUACAUCGAGGUCGCCGAUGAGCACGGCAACACGCCGCUCACGUUGGCGGCGGCGCGCGGCCACCUGCCCUGCGUCAAGCUGCUGCUUCAAUUCGGGGCCAACGUGCACCACGUCAACCAGAAGCCCGACGGCGGCAGCGCGCUGCACGAGGCGGUGGCCCACAAGCACGAGGCGGUGGUGGAGCUGCUGCUGAGGAGCGGCGCCAACCCGUUUGUGGAGAACUGCAAGGCGCCCCCCAGCCGGCAGCUCACCCACUGCGUGUUUCUGGCCUACAAGACGCUGGCCAACACGGCGCCCUCGUGCCGCGUGUGGCUGGACGGCGCGCGAGCGCGCGAGGUGUACAACCCCAAGGCCGAGGCCCGGCUGCAGCCCAGCGGCGGCGGCGGGCCGCGCGUGGCGCAGGCGGGCAUCACCCUGCACCGCAAGCACGAGCUGCCCUCGGGCGUGUACACCACGGGCGGGCAUGCAGGCGGCGGCAUGAACCCUCCCGAGGGCUACACUUUCUACCUGCGCCCCGACGACGGCAGGCAGAUGUCCAUCAAUGCCCUGGAUAAGCUGAUCCGUACCGUCAACAACCGCGGCUUCCCGGUGGAUGCAUCCCCCGCAAGCGGCGGUCCCGCGGCCGCGGCAGGAGCGGCGGCGGCGGGGCCCGCGGCCGCCGCCGCCCAGCAGCAGCAGCCGGCGGCGCGGCCGCAGCUGCCGCCGGCGCAGGCGGGACCGCUGUACAGCAGCCUAAUGGGGGUGGCGGCAGGGGCGACGGCGGCGAGCAUGGCCAACACGCCAGGAACGUGGAGCACACAGGAGGCGGCGCAGCAGGACGGCACCGAAUCAGAUGAGCAGAUUGCGCGGCGGCUGCAGCCCUGGCUGCUGGGCCUUGGUGCUGCCAACAUCUGCUGCCCUUUUGUGCCCGCCCUGUGUCGGCCCUGGGUGCAGGAGGAGUAUGAUGCUGAGCUGCCGCCGCCGGCGGUUGCCGCCCCCAGCGCGCCGCCGCCGGCCACUGCUGCGCCGCCUGCUGCCGACUACCUGACGGGGGGAGCUUUCUACCCGCAAGUGCACUUUGGGGAUGGGCAGGCGCACGCCGCCGGCCCGCCCGCGGCGCUGCAGCAGCACGACACGCUGCAGCACGCAGCCAGCGCGGCGUCGGCGGGCACGGCGGCCAGCUCCGCGCCCGAGACGCCCGCCGGCGUGGGCGUGGAGAACCUGCACUCCUUUGGCCGCCCCACCGCCCCCGCCCUGCUGGAUCUGGACUAUCCGGCGGGGCCGCUGGCGGCGGGCGUGGCCGGCGGCGGCGGCGCCUCCGCCCCCCCGCAGCACCUGCCGCUCAGCACCUCGGGCCGCCGCAUGUCGGCGCCGCGCCUGCAGGACGACGCCUGGCUGGCCGACGUACCCGCCGCGCCGCCCAGCCGGCCCGCCAGCGAGUCGGGGGCGGCGGCGGCGGCGGGCGCCGCCGACACAGACGACUCCUCCGUCUGCGUGUUCUGCAUGGAUGCCGCCGCCACCGCGGGCGUGCUGCACGGAGAGUCGGUGCACAGGUGCCUGUGCCGCGAGUGCGCCGUGCACCUGAAGGAGAGCAACGUGCAGCUGUGCCCCAUGUGCCGGGACCCGGUGGAGGCGUACAUCAUGCGCGUGUUCUGA